AGCUAGCCCAUAAAGGUUCUUCACAAUCCCGCUGCUCAAAACCCUAAUCCCAGAGCGCAGACGACCGAGAAAGCGGCAAGCGGGCGGAAGGAUAGAGACGACGCCGGAGGAGACGCAAAAAUGGCGGAAAAGGCUGUGACCAUCAGGACAAGGAAGUUCAUGACCAAUCGCCUUCUCUCGAGGAAACAAUUUGUCAUUGAUGUUCUUCAUCCGGGAAGAGCAAAUGUUUCAAAGGCCGAGUUGAAGGAGAAAUUGGCAAGAAUGUAUGAAGUGAAAGAUCCCAACUCUAUAUUUGUCUUCAAGUUCCGCACUCAUUUUGGAGGUGGCAAAUCCACUGGAUUCGGCUUGAUCUACGACUCGGUUGACAGUGCAAAGAAAUAUGAGCCAAAAUAUAGACUCAUUAGGAAUGGACUGGCUACUAAGGUGGAGAAGUCCAGGAAGCAGAUGAAAGAGCGCAAGAACAGAGCUAAAAAGGUUCGCGGUGUUAAGAAGACAAAGGCUGGAGAUGCUGCAAAGAAGAAGUAGUUUCCUUGUCUAUUUAAUGUUUCUGUUAGUUUUUUAUUUCGGAACUCGAGUGAGAUGGGUUUUGUUUUAAGAUAUUUCAUUUAUGGACAAAGUUGUAAACCAAGCUUGAUUUGGUUUUAAACCGUUUUCAGAUUUCUGAUAUGUUCUGAUUUCGGUUCCCUUCUCGCAUCCUAAGAUCUAUUAAUUGCUAGGCCAUUAAUUAGGAUUAGGAGUAAGUUAUUUCUCUGCUACAAGCCUGCAACAUGGCCUUAGGCAUUCUGUUUUUCU